AUGAAGUACAUAGCGCCCUCACUCGCCUUUGCCACGGCCGUGGCCGCCCACGGCUACGUCAACACGGGCACGAUUGGCGGCAAAGACUACACCUUCUACCAGCCGUACCAGGACCCGUACACGCCCAACGUGCAGCGCAUCUCGCGCGCGAUCCAGGGCAACGGCCCUGUCCAGGACGUCACGCUGGCCGAUCUCCAGUGUGGCGGGUACACGGCUGGCGGCGUCGUCGGGUCCAAGCCUGCCGCGCUGCAUGCAGAGGCGGCCGCGGGCUCCAGUGUCAAGCUGUACUGGACCAUUUGGCCGGAUAGCCAUGUUGGGCCUACCAUUACGUACAUGGCGCGGUGUCCGGAUACGGGGUGCAAUGAUUAUAUGCCUGGGACUGCCGCCGUGUGGUUCAAGGUGCAGGAGGAAGGCCGUCAGGGUACCUCGAGCACCUGGGCCGCCAAUGCCCUCAUGGUGGCCGGCGGCUCAGUCAAUUACACCAUCCCCGCGUGCCUCGCCGCAGGUUACUAUCUCGUCCGCCAUGAAAUCAUUGCGCUCCACUCGGCCAGCACGUACCCGGGCGCCCAGUUCUAUCCGGGCUGCCACCAGCUCAAGGUGACGGGUAGCGGCACCACCAAGCCCAGCAGUGGCUUGGUCAGUUUCCCGGGCGCGUACAAGGCGUCGGAUCCGGGUGUCACGUAUAAUGCUUAUGUUGCUCAAACAUAUACCAUCCCCGGUCCCAAGAAGUUUACAUGCUAGACUGGU